AUGGUCAGCUUCGCAAUCCCAGAAAACCAGUUAAAAGGCACUCUUCCUCCCACAAUUGGCCUCACACUCCCUAAUCUCCAAGAGUUUUAUGUGGGUGAUAAUGAAUUCUCUGGAGUGAUCCCUCAAUCAUUUUCCAAUGCCUCUAGACUUCAAGCACUUGGUAUGGAUAACAAUAACUUUUCAGGCGAAGUUCCAGCAAGUUUCGGGCGUCUUAGAGAACUCUGGUGGCUUGGUUUGAGUGAUAAUAGUCUAGGAAGUCAUUUACCGAAUAAUUUGGAUUUUAUCGCCCCUUUAACAAAUUGUAGCCAGAUGCAAGUGUUGGGCUUGAGUACGAACAAGUUUAAAGGUGUUUUACCAAACUAUGUAGCCAAUCUCUCUUCCACACUAUCUAAUCUUUAUCUUGGGGGAAAUCAAAUAUCCGGUAACAUUCCAUCAGCCUUAGGAAAUCUGGCCAAUUUAAUCGUCUUGGGCCUCGACUUGAAUCUUUUCGUUGGUGUCAUUCCUACUUCAUUAGGGAAGCUCAAAAAGUUGCAAGCUUUGCAUUUGGAUAUGAACAUGCUAUCAGGAAAAAUCCCCACGUCCAUAGGAAACCUUACUCAAUUGUUUGAGCUUUAUCUAUCGGAUAACAAGCUAGAAGGAAGUGUUCCAAUGAAAAUUGCAGAUUGUCAUAAUUUGCAAACCCUUGACAUUUCAAACAAUAGAUUAACUGGAGAAAUUCCCAGAGAAAUUUUUCUUCUUUCCUCCUUGUCCACCUUGUUCACCUUAUCACAUAACUUAUUGACCGGUCACCUACCUGCAGAAGUGGGAAAGCUAAAGAAUAUCCAUACAAUCGACCUUUCUGAAAAUAAUCUGACCGGUAAAAUUCCAGAAACCAUCGGUGAUUGUCAGGUUCUUGAGUUCCUUCUCCUACAAGGAAAUUCCUUUGAGGGAACCUUACCAUCUACUUUGGCUUCUUUGAAAGGUGUUCAGUAUUUGGAUUUUUCACGUAAUAACUUGACAGGUGAAAUUCCAAAAGAUUUACAGAAUCUUCAUUCUUUGGUGUACUUAAAUCUUUCUUUUAACGAUUUGGAGGGAGAAGUUCCUAAUGACGGUGUAUUUCAUAACAUAAGUGGAGUGUCAUUAGCUGGAAAUACUAAGCUUUGUGGUGGUGUUCCAAAAUUGCAUCUUCAAACAUGCUCUGAAACGAGGUCAAAAAAGGGAAAGACCAAGGGCCUCAAACUAACCAUCAUAAUAGUAUUGGUGGCAUCAUUUUUCCUUUUUUCCAUAGGAUUCAUAAUGUUAUGUUGGAGGAGAUCAUCACAAAGGCAGACAACUGUUAUGCUACCAAAACUAAGUGUUCUUUCGAAGAUUUCAUACAAGAGGCUCUUUGAAGCUACCAAUGGAUUCUCUUCAAGCAUGUUGAUAGGAACAGGUAGCUUUGGCUCUGUAUAUAAAGGCAUUCUUGACCGAGAAGAAAAUCCAAUUGCAGUGAAGGUUCUCAAUCUCAAGCAAAAGGGAGCUGGGAAGAGUUUCAUUGCUGAAUGUAAUGCAUUGAGAAAUGUUAGGCAUCGAAAUCUUGUUAAGAUCUUGACAUGUUGCUCUAGCAUAGAUUACAAGGGUGAUGAAUUUAAGGCUCUAGUUUUUGAGUAUAUGUCCAGUGGAAGCCUAGAGAAGUGGUUGCAUCUAGCGAGUAAUGAUGAAAACUACUCAACAGGUUUGAACCUACUUCAAAGAUUAAAUAUUGCAAUUGAUGUGGCUUCUGCAAUACACUACCUUCAUGAUGAUUGUGACCAACUGAUCAUUCACCGCGACUUGAAGCCUUGCAACGUUCUUCUCGACAAUGAAAUGGUAGCUCAUGUAAGUGACUUCGGUAUAGCAAGGCUGGUAUCAAACACAAUCAGCUCCAUGAAUGGUCAGACUAGCACAACCGGAUUGAAGGGAACAAUUGGCUAUGCUGCUCCUGAGUAUGCAAUGGGUGGAGAGCCAUCAAGAGAGGGUGAUGUGUAUAGCUAUGGCAUUCUUGUAUUGGAGAUGUUCACUGGAAAGAGACCCACCGAUGAAAUUUUCGAAGACGAUUUCAAUCUUCAUAACUUCGUUGCAAUGGCCUUGCCCGAAAGACUUGUUGAAAUAGUGGAUUCUUCUCUUCUACCUAGAGAAGCAGAAGAAAAUGCACUGAUGAGGAGAGAAUUAGAUGCAAGAAACAACAACAACAAUAUUGGAGGCACUGAGAUUGAGAUAGAAGUAGGGUUAGGAAACCAGAUCAGCGCUCAUCUGUGGAAGUGCUUGAUUUCGGUGUUGGAGAUUGGAAUUGCAUGUUCAAAAGAAUCACCAAAUGAAAGAAUGAAGAUGGGAAAUGUCACCCGGGAGCUACAACAUAUCAGAAAUGCUUACAUUAGCAUUGAGAACAGUGGACAAGGACGAAGAACCAACUAA